AUGAUCUCAAAAACGACAUACGAGCCACUGCUCGUGACACUGACUUUUACUCCUGGAGGGUUUCAGCAGACCAAGGUGCUCUCCAUGGCGCCGCAGACCACCCCUUUCACACCCCCCAGCGGUGUCUGCUCCGUCGACAUUCGAUGCCUGGUAGGCAAAGUAGAAGAGUUCACGGGGGAUGUCGAAUGCCUGAGAGACCAAGUGGUAGCCGAGACCACAGCCAGCCUUCCCACCCAAUGCUUUCCCGAGAGCUACGCUGCAAUCUGGCGGCCGUCCGGGAACACGUUCAGCGAUGUUGCAAGCGUAGCCUACCCAGGCACGGCCUGCAUCAGCGGCUGGACGACGGCUUGCGUCACGCCCCUCACUCUCGAGAGCGGGCAGACUUACACCCAGACGUGGUGCUGUCCAAGCUCGUACACCUGCCUCACGCCCGCGCCAGGAGGGACCCCUUACCGAGACUGCGUGAGUCUCCUCAGCACAAGCACCGAAGUCUGGAUCAACAACAUCGCGACGAGCGGAGGGAGGGAGUCGACGCUCUGGAGCUCGUGGAGAAAGAUCACGCUCACCGGCAUCCCGAGCGUCGGCCCGCUCUCGGUCAAACAUCCCGUCUUCCCGCUCUACGGCCGUUUUCCCUCCCAGGGCUCCGAUGUUGGGGAUGUAGGCCUGUCGACCGGGGCGAUUGCGGGGAUCGCAGUCGCAGCGGUGGUUUUUGUUCUUCUGCUCCUCGGCACCGGCCUGUUCGUCUGCCUUCGUAAGCGGAAACAAAAGAGGGCCGCCAUCGCGGCUCAGAACGAAGACACUUCCGGUUAUAAAAGUCACGAGAAUAAAGGCCUUGGGUUCGAUGCCAAGCAAGAGCUACCCGGCCACAGUACUGAGAUGCGGGAAGUUGACGCUGCCACGCCGCCCCCGGUUGAGCUUUCUGCGUAUACGAGGGCUGCAGAGGUGGACGGCAGCCGCCCUGCUGAGUUGUCGUAA